AUGACGCGACAAAAAGAGUAUCCCAUGAUGCAACCCCAUUCUCCUCAAAUUGAUGCCCCAUCAUCCCCCAACAGUGCUACCAGCAGCACAAUCAACAGUCUCACAAGUGAAAAGACACUGGUAUCCUUUACCCCAGUUGCAGAUAUCCAGCCUGAGGCCUGCGCCAGUUCAGCACACAGUGCUCGCCACUGGGCCGUUAGCCGAAAAGUUGCAGUGUCUCUGGGCGCCAUAACGUGUUUUUUGGUAGUCACAUUGACGACUUCAAUCUAUAUCGCAAGUAUACCUGGAAUUAUGGCUGAGUUCCAGGUGGGCAGGACCCUGGCAAUUCUACCGGUCACGCUGUAUGCUCUAGGAUUUGCCAUCGGUCCCAUGUGCACAUCUGCCCUUUCUGAGGAAUUCGGAAGACAAUAUGUUUACAAGAUAUCUCUUUUACUACAUUUCGCCUUUACACUAUGGGGGGGGUUUGCACGAAAUUUCUGUACCAUCGCUGUAUGUCGAGCGAUAUCGGGCCUCGUCGGGUCUCCCUCGGUUAGUGUCUUUGCUGGGGUCCUCAAUGAUCUGUGGCAGAUGCCCGAAGAUAGACUGGGUGUUCCUCUGUUUGUGUUGUAUGGCUUAGGCGGCGCGGCAGCCCCAGAGAUUGGACCAGUCAUAGGAGAGGCUGUUGUCGCCGUGUAUGGUUGGCGAUCUUCAUUUUGGCUGACGGCGAUCCUCGUUGGGGCAUGUAUUCUUGGUAUGAUUUGCGUACCAGAGACCUUCGAGCCUGAAAUCCUACGAAAAAAGCUCAAGCUUCCAAGGCGCGACCCACGGAAAGCGUUAGCACCUGCAUUUUUGCGCCCAAUCCAUUUGCUCUGGGCCGAGCCUAUCGUGCUUCCGACCGCCGCCAUCGUCACAAUGAGCCAGAUUGUCAUUUUUAUUCUCUAUGCAGGAUACCCCGUCAUCUUGGAACGGACAUAUCAAUUUUCCCCAUACCAAGUGGGGUUGGCAUUCUUGCCAAUCUUGGUUGGGACAUUGCUGGCAGCACCGGUGCUAUCCAUGGUAGAUAGGCGUAAGCGUCGUCUGAAUCGUUCGGUUCCCGAGGACAAUCUCCCCGGGGCCAUGCUAGCAGCCAUAUUGCUGCCAAUCAGUCUUCUCUGGCUGGCAUGGACCGCUCGCCCAAUGGUCCAUUGGAUUUGCCCUCUCCUUGCGGGUAUCCCGUACGGACUAGGAUUUGCCUUGUCCCAGCUCUCUUACCCUUUGUACAAGAACGAAGUUUACGGUGCCGAGCUUGGAGCGUCUGCAAUCGCCGUUGACGUAGCUAUGCGGUACCUUUUCUCGUCUGUCUUUCCAUUAUUCACUAUUGAUCUUAUCGACUCUAUCGGGUUUGACUGGACAAUGACGGCCUGUGCAGUGGUCAUGAUGGUGCUCACCCCCGUCCCAUGGUUGCUGCAGAAGUUCGGUGCUCAGUUACGGAGCCGAAGUCGAUAUGCUAAGAAGGUUCCUAUUAUGACUGGACAGCAAAAUGAGUCACGGGAAGCUACGCGAGGAGAUGAUGGAACAGUCUUUUCUGCUCCUUACUCUCCUGUAUGA